GUUCGCUGCCAGACAUCAUCAAAGUCUUCUUAACCUUACACCCUCUGCUUGUUUCUUAUUGUUUCAAAACCAUUGUGUUUAUUCCUUAAUAUUGCUAAUUUGGUCCUCUUUCCCGCACAUCGUCCAUCCGCGGACACUGGAGUCACUGUAUAGCUCAGUGAUUACCACUUAAUAUACAUAUAUCCUCAUACACAUAGCUAAAAACACCAUACACAUCACCAUGGAAAGAGAUUUCCAAGAUCGUCCUACAUCCAAGGACGAAACACGAUCCUUAGCCGCAACUACAAAUACUGCUCGCGAAUCUAUCGAAGACGCCGAAACCCACCGCGAAAAUGUGAGGAACGCCAAUCCCAAUGGCUUCGUCAACACCAAUCAGGGUAUUGAUGUCAAAACUGCCGAGGCCGAAUUUGCGCAACUUCAGCGAGAGUUGACUGGUAUUAGUUCCAAGAGCAAGGCAGUGUCUAGGACGCGAUCAAAGUCUAACGCCGCUGGCGAGAAGGAUGUAGAGAAGACUGGAAAUUCAUCUGAAGAUCCGGAUGAGUUUGAUUUAGAGGACACCCUUCGAGGUAAUAGGCAGGCGGAAGAAGAUUCUGGCAUUCGUUCAAAACAUAUUGGAGUAGUUUGGGAUGGGCUCACUGUUCGCGGAACAGGUGGCGUGUCAAAUUUUGUCAAGACAUUCCCUGAUGCAUUUGUCAGUUUCUUCAAUGUGUAUGAGACUGCGAUGAACAUCUUUGGUCUAGGCAAGCAAGGCAAAGAAGUAAAGAUCUUGCAGGAUUUCAGAGGAGUAGUGAAACCUGGAGAGAUGGUUCUUGUGCUUGGAAGACCUGGUUCUGGUUGCACAACCUUCUUGAAGGUCAUUGCAAAUCAAAGAUUUGGUUACACAGGUGUGGACGGGUGAGUUUUAAUUUCAUCCUUCCGAGUUUGCCUGAAUGAUUCAGAUUAUUGGCAUACUCGCUUUUUUUUAAAGGUUGGCCAAUUACUCACAAUUCAAUACAGAGAGGUACUUUACGGCCCUUUCGACGCUCAAGAAUUUUCGAAAAAGUAUAGGGGAGAAGCUGUGUAUAAUCAGGAGGAUGAUGUUCAUCACCCCACUUUAACCGUAGGUCAAACCUUGGGUUUUGCCCUUGACACCAAAACUCCGAGAAAGCGCCCCAAUGGAAUGUCCAAAACGGAAUUCAAGGAGAAAGUAAUCGAUACACUUCUUCGAAUGUUCAACAUUAGUCACACUCGUAAUACGGUUGUGGGUAAUGCCUUCGUCAGGGGUGUCUCCGGAGGAGAGAGAAAGCGUGUGUCCAUCGCGGAAAUGAUGAUUACCAGUGGUACAGUUUUGGCCUGGGAUAACAGUACAAGAGGAUUGGACGCUUCAACCGCCCUCGAUUAUGCCAAGUCUCUUCGUGUUAUGACGAACAUUUAUAGGACCACAACCUUUGUUUCGUUGUAUCAAGCAAGUGAAAACAUCUACAAACAAUUCGACAAAGUCUUGGUCAUUGAUGAUGGAAGGGAGGCCUACUUUGGGCCAACAACUGAAGCGAGAGCCUAUUUCGAGGGUCUUGGCUUCAAGGAGAAGCCCCGUCAAACCACUCCUGAUUUCUUGACUGGUUGUACCGACGAGUUCGAGCGUGAAUAUGCAACCGGCCGCUCUGCUGCAGACUCGCCACACAGCCCUGAAACUUUGGCUCAAGCGUUUUUGGAGUCCAAGAUCUCGACUCGCUUAAGCGAGGAAAUGGAUGUCUACAGAAAACAAGUAGCUUCUGACAAGAAAGCGCAUGAUGAUUUCGAGGUUGCAAUAAUGGAAAGCAAGCGCAAGGGAGCAUCGAAGUCUUCCGUGUACUCUGUUCCGUACCACCUGCAAGUCUGGGCAUUGAUGCAACGACAAUACUUGAUUAAGUGGCAAGACAAAUUCUCUUUGGUCGUUAGUUGGGUUACUAGUAUUACUGUCGCUAUUGUUUUGGGUACCGUUUGGCUUAAUUUACCCAAAACUUCUGCGGGAGCAUUCACUAGAGGCGGUCUUCUCUUCAUCUCGUUAUUGUUUAAUGCUUUCCAAGCGUUCUCCGAAUUGGCAUCUACGAUGAUUGGCAGACCAAUUGUCAACAAGCAUAGGUCAUACACGUUUCAUCGCCCGUCCGCACUUUGGAUUGCUCAGAUUAUAGUCGACACUGCCUUCUCUGCCGCGCAAAUUUUGUUAUUCUCAAUCAUCGUAUACUUUAUGUGUGGUUUAGUGAGAGAAGCUGGGGCAUUCUUUACAUUCUACAUCGUCAUCCUCUGUGGUUAUUUGGCCAUGACUCUCUUUUUCAGAACGGUCGGAUGUCUCUGCCCUGAUUUCGAUUACGCGAUUAAGUUUGCCUCCACAAUCAUUAUCUUUUUCGUCAUCACAUCCGGUUAUCUCAUCCAAUAUCCAACUGAAAAGGUCUGGAUUCGAUGGAUCUACUGGAUUAACGCCCUUGGUCUUGGAUUCUCAGCUUUAAUGGAGAACGAGUUCAGCCGUCUUGAUUUGAAUUGUACAGGCUCCUAUCUCAUCCCGUCCGGUCCAGGUUACGAUAACAUUAAUUAUCAAGUGUGUACGCUUCCUGGCAGUGUUGCUGGAUCAAACGUCGUUUCCGGUAGCCGAUACAUUACAGAAGGUUAUGCCUACAAACCAUCUGAACUUUGGAGAAACUUCGGUAUCAUCAUGGCCUUAAUCGCCGGUUUCUUAUUUACAAACGCAACACUCGGCGAGUGGAUUUCAUUCGGUGCCGGCGGCAACACUGCCAAAAUAUAUCAAAAGCCUAACAAGGAACGUGAUGAGCUCAACCAAGCAUUGGCCGCCAAACGCGACCAACGCCGUGCCACAAAGAGUGAAGAAGGAGGCUCCGAAAUCCGCAUUAACUCAAAAGCCGUCUUGACCUGGGAAGGAUUAAAUUACGAUGUACCAACUCCUAAUGGAGAAUUACGACUUUUGAAGAAUAUUUACGGCUACGUUCGACCGGGUGAAUUGACGGCACUUAUGGGGUCCUCAGGUGCUGGAAAAACAACACUCCUUGAUGUUUUGGCCUCAAGAAAGAAUAUCGGUGUUAUAUCUGGAGACGUCCUCGUCGAUGGUAUUAAGCCAGGUAACUCUUUCCAAAGAGGAACUUCUUAUGCUGAACAACUUGAUGUCCACGAGGGAACUGCUACCGUCCGAGAAGCACUUCGAUUCUCUGCUGAUCUUCGUCAACCUUACCAUGUCCCACAAGCCGAAAAGUACGCUUACGUCGAGGAAAUCAUCAGUCUUCUUGAAAUGGAAGAUAUGGCCGAUGCAAUUAUUGGUGAUCCAGAAAAUGGUCUUGCUGUUGAACAACGAAAACGUGUCACUAUCGGAGUCGAAUUGGCCGCCAAGCCAGAGCUCUUACUUUUCUUGGAUGAACCUACUUCUGGUCUUGACUCUCAAAGUGCCUUCAACAUUGUCCGUUUCUUGAAGAAAUUGGCCAAUGCCGGACAAGCUAUUCUCUGUACUAUCCAUCAACCUAACGCAGCAUUGUUUGAAAACUUUGAUCGUCUGUUACUUCUUCAGCGUGGAGGAACAUGUGUCUACUUCGGUGAUAUUGGAAAAGAUGCUCAUGUACUCCUUGACUACUUCCACAGACACGGAGCUGACUGCCCUCCUGACGCUAAUCCUGCUGAGUGGAUGCUUGAUGCUGUUGGUGCUGGCCAAGCCCCAAGAAUUGGUGAUCGUGACUGGGCUGAUAUCUUUGCCGAUUCACCUGAACUCGCUAACAUCAAAGACCGCAUUUCUCAAAUGAAAACCGAACGUCUAGCCGAAGCCGCCAGUAACGCUCAACCUGACGAGCGGGAAUUCGCUACGCCACUACUACAUCAAUUGAAAGUCGUGCAAGCGCGUACCAACUUGGCUUUUUGGAGAUCUCCCAAUUAUGGUUUCACUCGUCUCUUCAAUCACGUCAUCAUCUCCAUCAUCACCGGUCUUGCCUAUUUAAACCUCAACGAUUCAAAGGCUUCAUUACAAUAUCGUGUAUUCGUCAUCUUCCAAGUUACCGUCCUUCCCGCGCUCAUUCUCGCUCAAGUCGAACCUAAAUACGCAUUAUCACGUAUGAUUUACUACCGAGAAGCAUCUUCCAAAAUGUACAGUCAAUUCGCCUUUGCAUCAUCUCUAGUCGUAGCCGAGAUGCCUUACUCGAUUCUCUGCGCCGUCGGUUUCUUCCUCCCACUUUACUACAUGCCCGGUUUCCAAACCGCGUCUAGCCGCGCCGGAUACCAGUUCUUCAUGAUACUCAUCACCGAACUCUUCUCCGUAACCAUGGGUCAAAUGAUCGCAGCACUCACUCCCUCCCCCUACAUCUCCGCGCUUGUCAAUCCCUUCAUCACCAUCACAUUCUCCCUUUUCUGCGGUGUCACCAUCCCCAAACCUCAAAUCCCAAAAUUCUGGCGCGCAUGGCUUUACCAACUCGAUCCCUUCACUCGACUCAUCGGCGGAAUGGUCGUCACCGAACUCCAAGGUCGGGAAGUCAAAUGCACACCUACGGAACUCAGUCGUUUCAAUGCUCCUUCCGGUCAAACGUGCGGACAGUACAUGGAGAACUAUUUCUCCAACGGAGGUUUUGGAUAUAUUGUUAACAAUGCUACGAGUGCUUGUGAGUACUGUGCAUACAAAGCUGGAGAACAAUUUUACGAGCCCUUGGGUUUCGAAUUUGCAAAUAGGUGGAGGGAUUUGGGUAUCUACUUGGCAUUCAUUGGAAGUAAUUUGAUUAUUCUAUUUUUGGCUGUGAGUACCCCUACUUUCUUUCUUGCUUUUCGAGAAGAAUAUUUACUAACAUCUGAACAGUCGAGAUACUUGAACUUCAACCGUCGUUAAAUACCUUGUUGCUUUGCUUGUAUCGAAUUACUUGCAUCGUACAACGCACCGGAGUUCUUUUUCUACACACCACUCCAAUCAUUCCCUGCGUAAAAGUUAUCUUUGGGAAAAUACAGUUUGAGUAUAUUUUUAGCGGCAUAUAGAUUAUGGGUAGGAGUACGUGUGAUGUUUUUUCAUCUUUUUUGAUAUAUAUAGAUAUG